AAAUUUAAACACUCUAACGUGACACUAAAAAACUCUUUAAUGUAUUUUUUCUAAAUGUGACACUCUAAUAUAGUGGGUAAAUGAGUCAUUAUACAUCCAAAAAAAUUAAAUGAAUCACAAGAAAAAAUAUGAAAUUAUAUGAAUUAUAAAUCUAAAAUAUGGAACUUAUUAGUCAAUCUCCUAAAAUAAAAUUUUAUUUUGCUAUAAAUUAUAAACUCUGAUUAUUUAUUAUUAUUAUUAUUAUUAUUAUUAUUUGUAAUAUAACUUUUCCAAAACUUUUUUGAAUCUCAUCUUUCAACGGAAAGUGGUCCACUCGUACUUAUAAAAUGCAGAAGUUGAAUCAAGAAAAAAUAAAAAUAUGAUGCAGAAGGAGAAGCAUGGAACAGAAGCCAAACCUCCUUGAUUUAUUUCAACCUCUACCUGGGAAUGCUGACAGUUCUUCAAACCAACACCAAGGUCAUUGAUCGCACCUGCCACCGCAAACGCAUCGAAGACGGUUAAAUCCAAAAUCCCAAUCCACUCCAAAUCCAUCCCUUUAAAACCCACAUUAAAUCCAUUUCAAUACAAUCACUGCAAUUCAAUUCAAGCUCCUUCAAUGGCUGACACAACCCCCAAACCCAUUCAAUCCAAUCAGCCCACAUCAAAUCUCCUCAAUAACAAGUAUGAGCUCGGCCGCCUCAUCGGUUUCGGCUCAUUCGCCAGAGUCUACCACGCCAAAAACCUCCUCACCGGCGAGACUGUCGCCAUGAAAGUCGUCUCCAAAGACAAAAUCAUCAAAGCUGGUAUGAUGGAUCAAGUGAAGCGUGAGAUAUCGAUAAUGAAGAAAGUUCAUCACCCCAACAUCGUGAAGCUCCACGAAGUCAUGGCUACCAAGUCCAAAAUCUACUUCGCUAUGGAGUACCUCCGCGGCGGCGAACUCUUCGAGAAAGUCUCCCAAGGCCGAUUGAAGGAAGACUCAGCUCGGAAUUUCUUCAAACAGUUGGUCUGCGCUGUUGAUUUCUGUCACAGUCGCGGCGUAUACCACCGCGAUUUGAAGCUCGAGAACCUCCUCUUAGACGAAAAUGGCAAUCUCAAGGUCACAGACUUCGGAUUAUCGGUGUUUUCGGAGAAUUUGAAGCAGGACGGAUUGUUGCACACUGCGUGUGGAACUCCGGUGUAUGUAGCGCCGGAGGUGAUCGGAAAAAGAGGGUACGACGGAGCAAAGGCCGAUCUCUGGUCAUGCGGAGUCAUACUCUUCGUUCUACUUUCUGGGUAUUUGCCAUGUCAAUCCAAGAACAUAAUCUCAAUGUAUAAGAAGAUUUACAGAGCCGAUUUCAAAUUCCCACCAUGGUUUUCGCCGGAAACCCAGAUGAUCGUGAAUGGACUUCUCGACCCAAAUCCCAUCACACGAAUCUCAGCUUCAGAACUCAUGGACACAAGUUGGUUUAAAUUCAACAAAACAAUUCCCAAAAACGUGAAGCGAAUGAGUGAAUCAGAUGGGAUUGAAUCGGACGACGAGAAAGAGAAGGAGACACUGAAUGCGUUUCAUAUAAUUUCAUUAUCUGAGGGGUUCGAUUUGUCGCCGUUGUUCGGGGAGAGGAAGGAGGAGGAGAUGAGGUUUGCGACGGCGGCGGCGGCGAGCAGAGUGAUAGAGAGAAUGGAGGAGGUGGGGAAGGCGGCGGAGUUCAGCGUGAGGAAGAGCGAGUCGAAGGUGAGGUUGGUUGGGAAUGAGAGUGGAAGGAAAGGGAAGUUGGCGAUUGAGGCGGAGACGUUUGCUGUCACGGCGGCGCUUACGGUGGUGGAGGUGAAGAAGGGCGGUGGCGACACCUUUGAGUAUAAUCAGUUUUGUAGCAAGGAGCUUCGGCCUGCGCUGACGGAUAUUGUUUGGACAGCUGACAAGUCGUUGACUACUUGAAGAAACUCUGUUGCUGUUGUUCAUAUGGUGUUUGUUGCAUGAAUUUUGAAAGUAAUUUGAAAUGUAAUAAAAAAAAAAAUUUGUG